GUUCGGCACCACCAGACGCCAAGCGCAGCGCAUACGUGUUCGGGGGGGCCCGGCUAUCGCGUUAUUAUAUGUUGUUAUUAUUGUUACUAUUAUAUACGCGACAGUAACGAUUACGGAUCGGUAACGCGUUAACGUAUCGUGCCCGGCACAGAAAUUUCACUCGUACUCGUUUGCAGCGACCAUUGUUGUAGUUGUAUUUAGCUACAACACUCGCGUAUUGGUUUAGUUAUUAUUAUUGCAUAUUUAAUUAUUGCAACGAUACCUAAUUUACACGUAUGUUCGGGUUACCGGGAAUAAUGGGCAAAGGUGUCUUCGGAGAGAAUAGCGGUGGCAGCAAUCGGAUCCGCAACAACAGCAACAGCAACAGCAAUCACCGCAGCAACGGCAACAAGAGCAAAACGCUUACGUAUCUGCUGUGGCUGAUCGGCGGCGUGUGUGGCCUGCACCAUUUCUACUUGGGCAGAGACCUGCAGGGCGUUCUCUGGUGGUGCACGUUCGGUGGGUAUUUCGGAUUCGGUUGGCUAAGGGACCUGUUCUACAUCGGCGAGUACGUGGCUGACGCCAACAAGGACGAAAAGUACAUGAAAAAAUUCGACUACAUGGUCCGAGUGUACGAAAAGCCACCAUUUUCUACGGUUCGAUUCACUGGAAUGGUAGUAGUGGCUUAUCUUUUCAGUACUGUUGUAUCCUUAGCAAUACCUGAAGAUAAUGUCGCAGGUCUUAGUUGGCAAUGGUUACAAAUAUUUACACCUCUAGCUGCAGCUAUAGGUGUAUGGGCUGUGGGUAAUAUUGGUCAUGAAACAGGAUCGAUUAAAUGGCCUUUAAUAUGUGCAUAUUUAGUACCCAUGGUUGGUAAUCCAUUGAAAUCAUUUAUUUUUGAUAAAUGGGGCUAUGACAUUGAUGAAUCUACAUCGUUUGCCAUAAUGAUAUUAACUGCAGCAUGGUCAUUUGAUCAUUUGGAAAAACAGUGGAGACCAAAAAACCAGAAGAUUCCAGGCACCUUAAAGCGAAUCAUUGUGAUUAGUAUGUGCUGUUUAUUAUACAUGGCUUUAUGGAGUAGUUAUUUGUACUUCAACGCCAAAGUGACUGAUGAAGAUGGAGACGAAGUACCAUUCCAUGAAGCACUAGGUCAUUUUUUCAGUUCACCCUGGUGGUUAGACGUAAAACAAUCAUUUAUUGAUGUAUGGCAAUUUGCCCAAGCACAUGGGUGGAUGGAGACUUGGCGACAAAUAGUUACAUUAUCUGAUCCUUCGGGUGAACAAAAUGCUUUUAAGGUGCUGGAAUUAAGAUCAGGAGCUUCACAAACUGAAAUAAAAAAUCAAUGUAGAACAUUAGCAGUUAAAUAUCAUCCAGACAAAGCUAAAGAUGAUGUAACUAGGAAAGACGUGCAAAAUCGAUUCUUUGAAGUACAGCAAGCAUGUGAACUGCUAUCAAAUAGUAGAGCUAAAAGGCGAAGAAGAAAUAAACAAUUUAAUGAAGAGCUAUAAGUUGCAAUAUUAUUUUUUGUUAUGUACCUAUCAUAAAAUCAUAAUUAUUUAUACAUUAACUGUGAUAAAACCAAAUUGAUAUUUACUUCAACAUAAUCUAAGAAUUGUAUUUUUUAUAAAUGCUAUUGGUCAAGGCAUUAAAUCUGUAUAUGAUGGAUAAUUUUAAAACAAAAAUCACAAUAUUAAUAUUCUUAUUAUGUUAACAUUACAUUUUAUUAAGGAAUGCCUUCAUCAUAUUUAUAGUGUUUUAAUUUUAGAAAUAUUUAUUAGGUAUCAUUUGUUAUACUAUAAUAUUGUCCGAUAAAAGUAUAUAACACUAGAAUCACAUUCUAUAAACGCUCAUUAAGUAUAAAUUUAUAAAUUUUGUAGGUAAACCAAAUUAAAGACUAAGUUUAUAUUUAUAUAUUUUGUUAGAAUUAUAAAUGUAAUGUUUUCGAGUUUUCAGUACCUCGAAGUUCCUAUAUAAUAAUAAUAAUGUUUAGUUUAUUUUUAAUGUGUAUUUAACUUAUAAUACCAAACUUUAUGAUUUUAUUAUUUGUUUAAAAUUAAAAAAAUUUAAUUUGCCUUACAUCUUAGUGUAAUUGAUUAAUGCCAAUUGGCUCCAAGCCAUGGACUUUACUUUCAGAAUAAUAUUUCUAUCUGUUGUGCAAACAAAUAUUUUGUUCUGUAAAAAAUUAAACAUUUAUAUAAGUAAUUUAAUUUUAGGAUUUGGGAAAUAGUUUGUAUGUUUUGUUAAACCAUACAUCAUAGUAAUUAUCAUUUAACCUUACAAUACAGUGCCAUUAUCGAUAAUAUAAUGUUAGAGUAAUAUAAUAGAUAGUUUUUUUUUGUAAUCAGACCGUUAGUUAGGCAGGUAGUUUAUAAACUUCAUAACAUAUAAUAUACUUCGAACAAUGGUAAAAAAUAACAUUUCUAUGAUAUGGUUUA